UAACUGAUGAGUUUGGUUAAACCCCGUGUUGUCUUGUUGUAGAGUCUGCUUCUUAUUUCAUUCACCAUUUCUGAUUCGACAUGGCGGCUUUCUUAAGGAAGGUAGCAAGGGCCACUCCGAUCUCAUUCGGUGCCCAUUCCAAAUCCUCCCGUACCAAUUUCCACCUACCCUUCACCGCUCUCGCCGCCAUUUCCGGCGGAUUCUCCUACCUUUACUACUCUUCCUCUCCCAAUCUGGUUCACUCGGAUCAAAUUGGAGAUGAGGAAAUUAAGACUAAAAAUAUCGCACUGAUUCCUGAUAAAUGGGUUGAAUUUAAGCUGCAAGACACUGCCAGGGUCAGUCAAAAUACUCACUUAUACAGGUUUUCGAUUGAUCCCACUAAGAAGUUGGGUUUGGAUGUUGCUUCUUGCAUUCUUACGAGGGCUCCAUUGGGACAAGAUGCUGAAGAAAAACCAAAAUAUGUCAUUCGUCCGUAUACUCCUAUAUCAGAUCCAGAAUCUGCAGGAUAUUUUGAUUUGUUAAUCAAGGUGUAUCCCGAAGGAAAAAUGAGCCAGCAUUUUGCAAGCUUAAAACCAGGUGAUGUCGUUGAAGUGAAAGGGCCCAUUGAAAAGUUUAGAUAUACCCCUAAUAUGAAGAAGAAUAUUGGCAUGAUUGCUGGAGGCUCAGGAAUUACUCCCAUGCUUCAAGUAAUUGAGGCUAUAUUGAAGGAUUCUGAUGACAAAACUCAGAUAUCAUUGCUUUAUGCUAAUGUCUCCCCAGAUGACAUACUGCUUAAACAGAAGCUUGACAUUCUAGCCGCAACCCACCCAAAUCUAAAGGUAUUCUACACAGUAGAUAAUCCGACAAAAAAUUGGAAAGGAGGUGUGGGUUACAUAUCGAAGGAUAUGGCUGUAAAAGGCUUACCUAGUCCUAGCGACGAUACUCUUAUACUUGUGUGUGGUCCUCCUGGAAUGAUGAAACAUAUAUCCGGUGAAAAGGCGAAGGACUGGACACAAGGAGAGCUGGCUGGCAUACUCAAAGAGGCUGGGUACACCGAACAAAUGGUUUACAAAUUUUGAGAAAUUUUGGUUCCUUGCUUGCAUCUAAUUGAUUGCUACAAAAUUCGUGGUUUACAAAUUUUGAGAGAUUUUGUUUCUAGCAUGUUAAGCGUGCAUGACCGCAGCAAAAUUUGCCUCAUGUUAUUUCUGAAAGAUGCAGAUGAAAAUUCUAACAUGAAAUAAGUGGAUAGAGAAUCCUGAUGUUGUUUCUGAAAGAUGCUGAUGGAAAUUCUAACUUGAAACAUGAAAUAAAUCCAGAAUUUGCAGUGGAUAGAGAA